GCCCGAUCGACCCCUUUUAACUCACCCCCGACCCCCGAAACCACCUCCCAGCCAACCCCGACCCCCUUUAACCCACCCUCAACCCCCGAAUUUGAAGCAGCGUUUUAACAAGGUGUGACUACAGGUGGUGGCGGUGACUACUUCGAAGCCAUCGCCAAAGAACACGCCUGUCGUCAUACCAUCUCCGUGGACCAAAAAAUCGCUGCAAAGGUGUGACUAUAGGUGGUGGCGGUGACUGCAGAUGGUUUUUGGGGAUCGAGGUUGGCUGGACCGGUGGUUUUGGGGGUCGAGGUUUAUUGGGGGUUGGGGUUGGCCGGCCGGUUGGUUUCGGUGGCUACAAGGAGGUGGCUGGCCGGCCCGGCGAGGUUAGGGGGUGGGGGGUUAGGGUUUCAUGCUGGGAAAGGCUGGCUGGGAUUUUUGUUUGCUUUUGUUUUCAUUUUUUUUUAUAUUUUAUUUUUUAAAAUUUUGGAUAAUCACGUGUUGACACAUGUCAAGGUUACCUGUUAUAACAGGUCAUUGACUUGGUGUUGACCAAUUGGGACGGCAAACACAUAGCAUAGUUGGAAUUGUUAGAUAAUAAUCCUUAGUUGAGAUUAUUAGAAGUAAAUCGCCCAUCGUUAAAAUUAUUAAAUUGUAUUUUUCCUAAAAAAACAUAAGUAGAUCGCAUAUGUUAAUACUACGUAUAUGACUUGAGUUAGUUGAGUAUGACUAUAGUCAGUAGUCAUUAGUUUUCUUUGUUAGUAAAGAGAAACUAUAAACCCUAAACCCUAACAUGAAUAAUCAUUAGUUCAUUACAAUUUUUUUGCUCAAUGUUGAGUGAUUAAAAGGUUAUUAAAGCUUUUAUCACGUUCACCCCUCCUUCCCUUUCUCUACUCUCAAUCCUCCAUUGAAGCGCCUUGUGACUUGUGAGCUAUUUCUCCUCCAUUGAAGCAGCUUCUCUUCUGAGUGUUCAACAGGUAUGGCAGAGGUAGAAGAAUUGGGGGUUCAAAACCCAGAAAUCGAUGUAAUUAAAGUUGCAGGAAAAAAAUCAUUUAAAGAUGAGGAGAGAGAGAGGAGGAAGAAAGAGAAAAGGAGGAAGAGAUUGUUGAAGGAAACUGAGAAGGCUGAUAAAAGGGGAGUGUGUUAUUUGAGCAGAAUUCCCCCAAAAAUGGACCCUUUAAAACUCCGUCAAAUUCUCUCCGCUUAUGGUGAAAUUCAACGCAUUUAUUUGGCUCCCGAAAAUCCUGAAGCUCAAAUGCGACGUAAACGGUCUGGAGGUUUUCGUGGGCUAGAAUUUUCUGAAGGGUGGGUAGAAUUUGCAGACAAGCACAUUGCAAAAAAAGUUGCAAAUAUGUUAAAUGGUGAACAAAUGGGAGGAAAAAAGAGAUCACAAUUCUUCUAUGAUAUUUGGAACAUCAAGUAUUUAAGCAAGUUUAAGUGGGAUGAUCUUACUGAAGAGACUACAUACAACAAUGCAAUUCGAGACCAGAAGUUGCGUAUGGAAAUAUCUGCUGGAAACAAAGAACGUGACUUUUAUCUAAAUAAAGUGGAUCAGUCUCGUGCUUUGAGUGAGAUAGAAAAGCGUAUGGUCAAGAAGCGGAAACUCCAAAAUAGUCUGGAUUCAGAAGGCCCAAAGGAGCAGCAAAAGCCCAAAGUUAUACGCCCGUUCCCCCAGAAGAAACCUCUUGCAGAGACUGCUUUCAAAAACAGGCCUACGCUCUCUAAAGCUGUAAUGGCUGAGAUCUUUAACUCAGGUAAUGAUGAAUCCUGAGCAUUCUAACAGCCGUUGUGAUGCAAGGUCAAGUCUGCCUUGUUAAGGAAUGAAGGUUUCGUUGUUUACUGUAACAUUUGUCAGCCAUACCACCUGGAUCUUCAUUGUAUAUCAGAGGGUAUACAUGGAAGGAGGAAGAGAUUAAUCUUCAUAUUUUUCCAGGUCCAAAGUUUUGAAUAGUGUAGUUUCUUCAUUUUACUUUAUUCUAUUUAUUUUGCCUUUUUAUAUUGUCAGUGUAGCCACUUACAACUGUAAUUUAUAUGCAUGAGAACGUGCAUGCCUGAUGGAUAGUUCUCUAGGGCGGCACACUCUCCACUGAACAAAAACUCAUGAAGAUGAUUUACACAUCAAUUUUACUGCAUCAGGAGAUGGAAGUUUUUUUAGAGUGUUUGUAUUACUUUCUUUAGACGUCAUUUACUUAAGUAUGCACAAGAAAGAAGGCUAAUGCAGUUGACUUAGCUCUUUGACUUCCAAGCUUGAGAUCAGCUAUCGUAUGUCACUUAGCUCAUUUUAGAAGGGAUUUUCUCAAAUCUCCCUUCCUAUGAUAGGCCUUCACCUCCCUUCUCCCAAGUCCCAACACUCCCAACAGUUUGGACAGCUUUUCAAGUUUUUCAUCAGCUUGUUGCUGCUGAUGCUGCUACAGAAAAUGCUUAUGCCUCCUCGUCCUUCUGAGGUCUGACUACUGGUAAUACGUCGAUAUUAUUAGUACAAAGUAUCUGGCUGCGAAAUUUUGUGGAGUUACCAAACACUUGAAAGGCAGAUCUAUUAGGAUUCUCUACAUAAAAGCCUAUUUUCUUGUACUUGAAUAAUUUUGUCGUUCAAUAUUUAUUUUAUGUUCUACUGGUCACAAAUUUUUUUGCUCUUA